CACAUGUGCGCUCUUAUAUUUUACAGCAACUAAAGUUUAUGCACACUCCCCACCAGUUCCUUCUUCUCAGCAGUCCACCAGCCAAAGAAUCCAAUUUCCGAGCUGCUAAAAAUCUCUACGGAAGUACCUUUGCAUUUCAUGGUUCACACAUUGAAAAUUGGCAUUCCAUCCUGAGGAACGGUUUAGUUGUUGCUUCCAAUACGAGGCUGCAGCUCCAUGGUGCAAUGUUUGGAAGUGGAAUCUACCUUAGUCCAUUGUCAAGCAUAUCAUUUGGUUACUCAGGUGAUAUUUAUAAAUCACUCUAAAGCUGGAGAAAUACAGGGGUGUAUCUUAUUUUACUAGAUGUU